UCUUCAAUUGGAAGGGAAAUGUCGAAAAUGAAAAUAGAGUCAAUAAGUUACUAUGUGAGAUUGAAGGACAAAUCUCUGCCUGUGUCAGAUCGUUUGAAACUUGUCAGAUAUGCCUGGAUUGCUAACCAAGUCUUCAUUCCAAAUAAGGAACAAGUCUUGAUUGAUUUGUUGUUUGGACUUCUUAUUAACAGAAAGAGGGAGCAGUUAAAUGACAGUGAUGCCACUCUUGUCUGGCAAUGCUUAUCGGAUGUCCUGAAAUCUCCAAAAGCCCAGCAGUUAACAGGGAUAUUCUUAAGGCCAUCCUCCUCACAGGUGUUGGUUUCUGCACUGGCUGAAUCCAUAGUUGGUAGCCAUGGUAAUUUGAAGCACUUAAUAGGAUGUUGCCUGGCAAUCAUGUCCACACCAAAUCUAGCUGAGGUUUUCACAGCCAAGCCGGAAGAAAUGGUGGGAUUGUUGUCAAGUCUGUGCCAGAUUGUCAAGAUGCUGGAGACCAACAGGCCUAUUGAUAAUGUUGGUGAUCCUGCAGAGCUCUGCACUCUUGUCUCCACUGCUGUGGAACUGUUUGUAAAGACUGUAAAAACCAUCCCCAAUCAGAAUCAGAUGCUAAAGAAGUGCUGUGACAUGCUACUACCGGUGUUUGUCCAGCUAUGGAGUUCUAACCCCAGCCCUACUGUGACACACCUAGAUCAGGCCCUGGCGGCCAUCUUACUGCACAGAGACCAAAGCAAGAGUUAUGAAGCCUAUCUGAAGGCCAAGCAAGGGUCGGACACCGGAGAGGGUCAUGUGACAAACAAGGCAAAGAUAGUUGAGACAAUGUUUGACACACUAAGGACAUUGAUCAAGGGUGAAAACAACCCCCAAAUGUGCCAGUAUCUUCCCGUUUUUUACAGACACUUUAUAUUACAAGACUGCCACACUUCCAAGCCCCUUAUUGCCCACCACAUGAUGAUGGAACUCUCUUCUGUUCUGGGUUUCAAUCCCGGUCAAUCGGACACAGGCAUACCAGCAGAGAACUUAAAGGGAGUUAACCAGCUAUUGAAUGUUGUUUUGGAGCAAGAGUUAUACAUCUUGGUGUCUGAUGAAAAUGUCUCCACCACACAGCUGAAAUACUAUCGCCAACUUGUUGAUGCUUUGUUGCAUUCUGAAUGCAUGUUGGCAGACUGGUACUCAUGUAUCACCAGCCUCUUGCAACUUAAUCAUCAGAUAGUAGAACCUAGAUUGACUGAUGUGCUGAUGAAAUGCUGGAUACAGAGGGCGGUGGUGUCCCCAGAAGACAUCUCUGCCAUGGACACUAUGUUGGCUACCAUGGUAACAACCUACAGCAAGUUGAGACAGGUGCCAAAGUUCAUAUCCAGGCUGCAGGCAGCAAUGGUGGGAGGAACAGACCAAUCAUUGGUUUCCUUUCCUGCAGGGUUCCUAGCAAGCUUUGGAGAAAUGGUCCAGAGCCUGCCACAGGGUGUCCUAACUGAAGUAUGGGGCUUGCUUACAAAGGCCCUUACAUCACAUAUCCCUAAUUCAAGCCCAUCGGAGCCUCAGUCCUCUGACCAAGCCAUAUCAGGCCCUAAUAAGGGCAGUGUCCAAGGGCUGUGUACAAUAUUCUUCCACUUUCUCAUGAAUGUGAAAGUGGCGGACUACAAUAUCACGGAUGUGACCUGGGCCUCAGUGUGUGAGCAUAUGGUUACCAUGGAGACUGAGAUCUUACGACCAAUGAUCAAGGAGUUCUCAGGGGAAAAAAAGCUUGACCUGUCCAGACUGGUUCACACGUUGUUGUUGUCUCUGGGCUGGGGUGAGGUGUGUCUGCUGCUCUCAUUCUACAAGCAGUUCAGAGCUAGCAACUUCCAGAGCGGGCUAGUUUCGCAUCCAAAUGAUUUGUCUCUUCUGCAUCCAUACAUGGAGACAUUUGAUUGGCUGAAAUUGCAUAAGAAGAUUGUGAAGAAAGGAGAGCCACAACUGUUGUAUAUUUGGGACAUGCUUGUCAUACAGAAAGUCAGGGCCCUAGUUCUGCAUAGAAAGCAAUCUGAUUGGGCCAGUGUGUCUGAAACCAUAGCAAAACUUUUCAACUUCAGUGAUGCAUUCAUUAUUACGGAAAUGGACACUUAUUGGAGUGGAAAGAUGGAGCAUGUCACCAAGGAGACCCAUGCCCUGGCUAGCUGGUCCCUUCUUCUCGACAACCUGGCCUCACUGAACUGCGUGUUGUCUGAGCAACAGAGGCGGGAUAUUGCUGAUAGGGUUGUACAGUGCUUGCUCACAACAACAACACACAGCCCAGAGGGUAUGAUGACAUUUCUGUCAGUGACAUGGCAGUUUCUAGAGUCCCCCUUUGUGUGUGACCUUGGAAACCUGUUGAAUAAGGUCAUCACAGUACUUUGGAAACAUUGCAGAGAUUGCUUUGUACCAGAGAAUGUUAACAAAACAAAGAAGAUGAGAGUAGGCAAGAGUGGAGAAUGUUUAAUAACGUUGCUGACAGAAAUCUGCAGCGUUGAGACCCCAUGGGCUCAAGACAUGAACAGUGAGAGCUUGGGAAGGCUUACAGCAGCAGCAAACCAGCUUCAGAAGCUGAUGUCAUCGCGUGGCCAAUUGUCUGCCAAGCCUGACUGGUCUCACGUUGAAACAUGUUGUCAAAUUUUGAAGAAGUUCCCAUUGGAUGAACUUUGGCCAUGUGACCAGACCAGGAUUCUGAUUGGCUUGUUUGCUAUUCAAGUUGUCACAAGUUCUUCUGGUGUACUGCCUGAGAAAGUGACUGGUUUACAGAAUCUUAGUUUAGAGCUGCUGACUGGUAUGCUAUCUGGCUGCGUAAAGCUACCAUUCUACCAAUUAGUGGAUGUACAGAGUUUCCUAACGUGGAUUGAACACUGCAUAAACACUGCAGCACAGUGGCCAGAGAGACGUGGGAGACUACAGUUGUUGGCUGAGGUUUCCUGUCAGAUGAUGGUACAAGAAAAUACCGUACUGAAACGCCUGCCAGGGGUGGUCAAACAGCUGGGGACAUCCUUGGAAAAACAAUCAGAUGUUGGAACACUUAGUGUGACAUUGUAUAUCCUUCAAGAGAUUUGCAAGGUAUGGAACCAACCAAAAAUCUCGGAUGCGAUACAAUCACCCUGUAGACAGGUGUUCGAGUGUCUGGCUGAAAUUGUUCUAAAGAAAUCUGGCGACUUGGGCCAGUCAUCACAUAGUGACGAUGUAGCCUUGCUAGUCCGUUGUGUAACCGCGGUAAUGACCUCUGUGCACCAGGCGCAGUCCCUGCAGGUUUCCAUGGAACAGAUCUGGCCAGGUGUGGCAAGAUGGUGUCACGAAAACCUCCAGAGUUAUCUGGAUGUGACCAACGUUCAAGCACUGCUGUCAGCCCUCUGGUUCCUGAAGACCUCUGCCAGGUUUCAGUUAGUCCUGUCAGGUGUGCUGCAGCAGGGAACCAAACUAGACUUCUGGAAUAGACUGGUUCAAGUCAUAGCAAGCCUUCUAGAUGUACAGUCAAAACAUGCUGCAACCAGUCAAUUUGGGGUUUGCGGUCAGGAUUCAGAUGCUCAUGUUAGCAAAAAAGAUGAGAAAAGAGAAAAUAGGAAAAGGAAAGCAAACGAGACAAACUUAAUAAAAAGCAAAACCCAAAAAGUUUCAUGUGAUGAGGAUGAUAGUGUGAAAAGAAUGAAGGAUUUUAGUUUAAUUCUACGUGAUGUCUUUUACAUUUCUGAUACACAACAAAGAGAAAAUACACAAGACAAAAGAACAUUAGUGUCAAAAGAUAUCAGUUCAUCUGUCAAUGUUUCAUACUCCAAUGUCAAUCAGGGAAUAGACUACAGGCAGUUGGUAUUCGAUGGACGUCUGCACAGCAACUGGUUGCCAUUGGUGCUUCAGCAGACGCAGACCACGCUGGCGGCCAUCUUGGUCACCUUUGACCUUGAUCAGUUCACGGACAUAUUGUGCCAACUGGAACGUGAUGUGCAUCCAGGCAACAUACAACAUGACCUUCAAAAGGUUACCACGACACUGUAUAUAUGGAGGAAUCUGCUGCGACAGGAGUUUACAGUGGAACAGUCAAAGAGUGUGCGAAACAUUGCCAGAAAUCUUAUGUUGAACUUCCAGUGUGUUCUCUCGAAAGUUCAGCACAGUUUCACAGAAAGUAUGGCAAGGGAGGUAACAAUGCCCAUACUACAAGUUCAGCAGCAGAUGCUCUCCCUUGGAAAGGGUUUCCUGUCCCCACAGAGCAGUGUGUUGAGCCUAUACAGCUGUACAUAUGCACCACUAGAGGGCAGCACUUUCUUCCCAGCAUUUCAGGCUGUGUGUCACAUACUCACUGCUCUACUUGUAUACCACACAGACACUGUGUUCCUCAAUGCUCCAACGUUUAUCAAGGCAGCUAAACGUCUGCUACUGGCAGUGGUGGAUCAUGCUAGUCAGGAAAGACUGGCCGGCAAGACAGAGCUGGUGGACGGCAUGGUAAACUGUGCCUUCCAGAUGGACAGGUUGUUUUCGUUGAUUGCCACACACAAACUAGAGUUUGGCAAGUUGGCUGUGUAUGUUGUAGCAGACUAUGUAACUGCUGUCCAAAAAGCCACGCUGCUACCAUCAGUUAAGAGAGGGCUGGUUCCUGCGGUGUACAAGAUGCUGGACCUGUGUGACAGACAUGCGGUGGCUCAAUUGCAUACAGUACUUGGGCACGGAGUUAUUGAGAUCUUCAGGCUACUCUACAAUGACUAUACAAAGUUCCACAAGUACACUGGGAAAAUCUGAGCUCCUCGAUAUUGUUGGUUUUAUUGUUCAUUUAUAUAUGGCAAUAGGAAACAUAAUUGUGCAUACAUAUUGGAACUACAGAUUUGCAAUGCCAGUGGUUAUGACUAUAUAAAGUUUUGCUUUUUAUGAUAAAUUAAUUAUUCUAUGUAUUAAAUAGUUUUUAGGCAUGGAGUUAGAUAUUUGAUAAAAACAUGUUGAUGUAUUUGUUCACAAUGUUAUGGAUUGCUUCCUCUGUGCAGAAAAAAUAAAUUCAUAUGCAUUU